CGAACUCUACUUCCUGGAGCGCGCGCUGGCGCCCUUCACGGAGAUCAGCCGCGGCGACGUGCGGCAGCUGAUGGAUCGCGGCGUCGCCGUGAUCGCCAUGCCGGACCUCGGCCCCUUGCCGCCCGAACAGGCGACUGCGCUCGACGCCUGGGUGCAGGAGGGCGGUCUGCUGCUGCGCUUCGCCGGCCCCCGGCUGGCCGAGAGCGACGACGGGCUGCUGCCGGUCGAGCUGCGCCGGGGCGGCCGUGUCAUGGGCGGGGCGCUGACCUGGAGCGAUCCCGCCGAACUGGCCCCCUUCUCGCCGGACUCGCCCUUCGCCGGACUGAUGCUGCCCCGGGAUGUCGCCGUGUCACGCCAGGUGCUGGCCGAACCGGCACUGGACCUGCCGGAAAAGACCUGGGCGCAGCUGACCGACGGCACGCCCCUGGUCACCGCGGAGCCGCGCGGCGAGGGCUGGGUCACGCUGAUCCACACCACGGCCAACACCGAAUGGUCCGACCUGCCGCUCUCCGGCCUUUUCGUUGAGAUGCUGCGGCGCAUCGUGGCGAUCAGCCAGGGCGUCAGCGGCGCCAGCGAGGCCAGCUUGCCGCCGCUCUCGACCCUCGACGGCUUUGGCCGGCUCGGCACGCCGCCGGCCACCGCUCUGGCCCUGACGGCGGAGGCCAUCGAGUCGGGCGAGAUCGGCCCGCGCCAUCCGCCCGGCAUCUACGGUACCGACGCCGGGCGGCGCGCCCACAAUCUGGUGGCCGGCAACCCGUUGCUGACCCCGAUCAGGGCCCUGCCGCGCGGCUUGGAGAGCCGCGUCUACAGCGGCGGCGAGGAGCGGGAUCUGCUGCCCUGGCUGCUGACCGCGGCCCUGGUGGUGGCUCUCCUGGAUGCCCUGAUCGCACUGGCUCUGCGCGGCCACCUCAGCCUGCGGCCCGGCAGUCUGCGCCAGGCCGCCCGGGGAGGCGCGGGCCCCGCGGCCGUCCUGCUGCUGGCCGGACUGCUGAUCCUGCCGUCGGCGGCCGACGCGCAGUCGGGCAACGCACCCUCCGGCGACGACGACCUGCGCCGGGUCAUGGCCGCGACGCUGGACACGCGCCUUGCCUACGUGGUCACGGGCGUGCCCCAGGUCGACGACCUCAGCCGCACCGCCCUGGAUUCCGCCGCCCGGCGGGCGCUGAACGAUUACCUCGUCAACGGCGGUACGCUGCUGAUCGACCUGCGCGAACCGGCCGUCGGCAACCGUCUGUUCGGC